GUCAUGAGGAGACCUGGACGGACCGGACCGGCCUGAACCGUCCUCCGUCUGCAGCAGCGAACAGGUGGCGGUCCCUGUGAGCGUCAGAGCCUGAGUAAGGAAGCCCGUGAGGGUCAGUGCAGCAGGAUGCUGCAGCUGUGUAAAGUCACGAGCGCCCUGUUCAUCAGUAACGCGCGCUCCGCCUGCAGCGACGAGCUCCUCCAGCAGGAGGCGGUGACGCUCUGCAUCAACGUGUCCAAGCAGCAGCCGUUUCCCGCCGCCGCGGCCGUCACCAAGCUGCAGAUCCCCGUGUACGACGACCCCAACGAGGACCUGUACGCCCACUUCGACCGCUGCGCCGACGCCAUCCAGCAGGAGGCGAACCGCAGAGGACGCAGCGUCGUCUACUGCAAGAACGGACGCAGCCGCUCGGCCACCGUCUGCGUCGCCUACCUGAUGAAACACCGCCAACUGACGCUGACCGACGCGCUACAGAAAGUGAAGACGGCUCGUCACGAGAUCGAUCCGAACCCCGGCUUCCGGUCUCAGCUGCAGAGAUACGAGCAGGAGCUGAAGAGGAGACGAGGACAGACGGACUGAGGGACGGACGGACGGACGGGGACGUCCUGAAAUCAGCCCGCAUCUCAUCUCUUGGUAUUUUUCCUGACUCUGUUUUUGGAAUCGAGCUCAGGUUUAGAUGCAGACGUUGACGUGAACUCACAAACUGACCUGACACAUCACAAAAAAACGUUUAAAGGCUAAAUUACGUAUGAUAACUAAAACUAAAAUAAAAUAGAAAUAUUAAAAUAGAGACUUUAAAGGACAGGACUGCAUGUGUACUGAAUAUACACAUAAUACAAACAAAAUACAAACUAUAAUUACUUAAUUUCUACAUAACUAAGUGCUUUUACUAAAAAGAGACGAUAGAUCAUUUAUACAGCCUAAAUACAUUAAAAAAAAACAUAAAAGAAAUCAUAUAAAUGAAAAAAAUGAAGAUGUAAAGGCCAAUUUAUUUUUUUAAUAAUUUGCCGUUAGGUGCUGUAGAUUUAAAAACUGUGACGUGGUCGGAAAUAAAACAAUUUAACUCAUUAUUUUCACCUGACAUAGUUUUUGUAACGAGUAGAGACGCGACGGCAGUUAAUUCAAUCAAAAAAUUAAUUCACAGAGUUCAAACCGGUUAAAAUUUCAACAUUAUUAAAGGUUAAUAAACUUACAGAGGUUUAAUUGUUGCUUAAUAAAAACAGAAAAAAGAAAAGGCAGAAACAGUUUGCAUCAGCUGUCAGCGUUUUGAUGUUUUGGCUGACGAGCGUGAAUCCACAUUAUCAUUAUCCCUUUAAUGAACCCGAAUAUUUCGCUGAUCCGAACUGAGCCGAACCAUCCAAACUUAUUUUGUUCGUGUUUUUCUUCACGUUAUUUACGAUUUUUG